CCCAAUUCCUAUGACCAAAGACUGGUCUCCUACGAAGAAAUUCCACUUCGAUUUUCUCAGUCAAACUUCUCUGUUUCUUUCCCUCACUUUCUGUAGAUUCAAAAACACCUUCCCUUAAAUCCCCAUAACCAUCUCUCCCUCUCAUUCCUCAUCAAGUUUCCAUCUUCAGAUUCUUCCCAUCUCAUCACUAAUCACAGUGAUUACACAUACUAAUCCAAAACACAAAAACUCAGCUUAGCCUUCUCACAAAUCUGUCUCCCGUUUCUUGUUCUGGUAGUUUUUGUCUCUGAUUUUGGUAAAAUUACAUAUUUUACUUCAAUCUAUUGAAAACCCAGUUCUUGUUUUCCGAAAUCUUAACAGAUAACUUCGUUCCUAUAUCUCAUGUGCUACUACUGACAAAUGGAGAACUGCAAUAUACAUUGGGAGCAAAAGAGUCUUGUAGAUGAGCUAGCACAAGGGAGGGAGCUGGCUAGGCAGCUACAGAUCCAUCUCAACGUUCCAUCUUCCUCUUAUGGAACCCGGGAAUUGCUGGUUCAAAAGAUCAUACUUUCGUACGAAAAAGCGCUUUCCAUGCUGAACUCUAGCAGCUCAGCCUCAGGAGGUGAGCAACAGCAGCCCACAGGUCAUGUUGCAAUUCGAAUGGUUGAGUCUCCACCGCAUUCGCUAAAUGAAAGUCCCCGGAGUGAAGACUCUGACCGCGAAUUCAAGGACCAUGACAACAAAGAUUCCUCUAGGAAGAGGAAAAAUCUCCCACGGUGGACACAACAAAUAAGAGUUACAUCUGGUAUGGGGCUUGAGGGGCCUCUUGAUGAUGGAUUUAGUUGGAGGAAGUAUGGCCAGAAGGACAUACUUGGAGCCAAAUAUCCAAGAGGCUACUACCGCUGCACUCACCGAAACGUCCAAGGCUGCUUGGCCACAAAGCAAGUCCAACGUUCCGAUGAAGACCCGACGAUCUUUGAAAUUACUUACAGAGGAAAGCACACAUGUACACAAGCCUCCGCCGGCACAAGUACUCCUCCUUCACCGUCACCGUUGCAGCCUGAAAGGACGGAACGGCAGAACAACCUAGUGGAUCCUCAACAAAACCAGCAACAAUCACAACAACACACGUUCUUAAACCUCCCGGAAGGCCUUAGAGUCAUUACUGAAGGAUUAGACACUCGUGAGGAACUGUUCCCCUCCUUCAACAGUCCCUCACCAUUGAACAACAGUUAUGUGGGAAGUUUUUAUCCUCCAUUUGCGGGACCUACAACUUCAGAAACAAACUAUUUCUCAAUGUCUCAGCGGGAUUUUGGAGUUGACCAAAAUUUUCAGAGUGGAGAGAUAAUCUCAGCUCCAACUUCAGCUACCAACUCUCCAAGUGUUGGUUUGGAUAUCCCAUUUGGUCAGGCUGAUCAGUUGUUUCCCAACUUCUCAUUUGACGGUCCAGGAUUCUUUUCCUAAUUUCAUAGGCUCCCACAACACAGAAGGUGAGGGAAAUUGAUUAGCAUACAAAAUUUUAAUUAAGCAUUCUGAAUUUUAGGUAUAUUUGUGUGUAGCAUCUGUGAGAAAGUGUAGAAUAAUCGGUCAUGUAACAUCUGUUAUAGUAGUCGGAUAUGUUCCAUAAACAAAAAAUAAACUGAUAUGUAGUUUCUUCCCAAUUUUUAUUCAGAUAAAUAAACUGAAUAAUGUGUUUUUAUGA